GCAACACCAGUAACAAGUCCACAGCUACUCAAACGCUUGCAUGAUGGCUCACCUCUUUAAAAUUCAAUCUGUGUCCAUCCAUAUGGUGUGGUGAGUAGCCAUGGGCAGUCAUCAGAGUCCCAGAGUGGUAGUGGCCGUUGAUCUGAAGAAGAGGGGAUGGGAACAGAAGCAGCCUCUUCACAACCGUUGGCACCCAGAGAUACCCCAUGUGGCAGAUGUGAGUGUUGGAGAGGUGUUUAGAGUAGAGAUGAUGGACUUUUCUGGAGGUGGUAUUGGACAGGGUGACCCUGCCCAUGACAUCAAACAUUUUGAUCUUUCCAUUGUGCAUUAUCUCAGUGGGCCAAUCAGAGUUUCAGACAAAGAUGGGAUCCCAGCAAUGCCCGGUGAUCUUCUUUCAGUUGAAAUCUGCAACUUGGGUCCACUUCCAGGAGAUGAAUGGGGUUACACAGCAACAUUUGACAGAGAAAAUGGUGGUGGAUUUUUGACCGACCACUUCCCAUGUGCAACCAAAGCCAUUUGGUAUUUUGAAGGAAUAUAUGCUUACUCCCCUCACAUUCCAGGUGUAAGAUUUCCAGGAAUAACCCACCCGGGAAUAAUCGGAACUGCACCAUCAAUGGAACUUCUAAAAAUAUGGAAUGAAAGAGAGAAAGAACUAGAAGAAACUGGCAAUGGAACUUUGAAGCUAUGUGAGGUGUUGCAUUCAAGGCCAUUGGCGAACCUACCAACAACCAAAGGCUGCCAUCUUGGAAUGAUCAAAGCGGACACACCAGAAUGGGAAAGGAUUGCAAACGAGGCUGCAAGGACAAUCCCAGGGAGGGAGAAUGGAGGGAACUGCGACAUCAAGAAUCUCAGUAGGGGUUCGAAAAUAUACCUUCCAGUGUUUAUAGAAGGAGCAAAUUUUAGCACGGGUGAUAUGCACUUUUCUCAGGGCGAUGGCGAGGUGUCAUUUUGUGGAGCUAUAGAGAUGAGCGGAUUCCUUGAACUCAAGUGUGACAUCAUACGAGGCGGAAUGAAGGAAUACCUAACCCCGAUGGGCCCCACUCCCCUCCAUGUAAACCCAAUCUUCGAGAUAGGCCCCGUCGAGCCAAGGUUCUCUGAGUGGCUAGUCUUCGAAGGCAUUAGUGUGGACGAGAGUGGCAGGCAGCACUAUCUCGAUGCAAGUGUUGCAUACAAACGGGCUGUUCUCAACGCCAUUGACUAUCUCUACAAGUUCGGAUACUCCAAAGAACAGAUGUAUCUGCUGUUAUCGUGCUGCCCAUGCGAAGGAAGGAUCUCAGGGAUUGUAGAUUCGCCGAAUGCACUUGCUACACUAGCAAUUCCAACGGCCAUAUUUGAUCAGGAUAUUCGACCUAAAUCAAGCAAAGUCCCCAUCGGGCCUCGUGUCAUCAGAAAACCAGACGUGCUAAAAUGUACCUAUGAUGGAAAUCUGCCCAUCACCAAGAACCUAAGUGCCACGUCAUGAAGAUCGGGCCGUUGAUCACCGUUUAUUACAUCAUUCGAAGUUAUGGAUUUGACUGAGUGCGCCCGUACCGAUAUGCAUGAGCAUAUCCAUAUAGUUAAAAAGUAUUUAGAGUAACAGCCUUGUUAAGGGCCUGUUUGGAAGCCACCAAAUAAGUUACUUUUUAACAUUAGUUAAGUAAUUUACUUUUUGCACAGGUUAA